AUGUGUAACUGUGGAUCAAGUGGUGAAAAACCAACAUUUAAUGAUAGAAAAUCAACCUCUUAUGAACAUCUUUUUAAAUAUAUUAUGGUUGGUGAUUCAGCUGUCGGUAAGAGUAAUUUACUUUUACAAUUUGUCGAUAAAAGAUUUGCUCCAAAUUCAGAUUUCACAAUUGGUGUAGAGUUUGGAUCACGUUCAAUUAAUAUAAAUGAUAAACAAAUUAAAUUACAAAUUUGGGAUACUGCAGGUCAAGAAAAAUUUAGAUCAAUUACACGUGCAUAUUAUAGAGGAGCAGUUUGUGCAAUGAUUGUUUAUGAUAUAACAAGAAGAGACUCAUUUGAAAGUUUGAAUUCAUGGUUAACAGAUUGUAGAAAAUUUUCAUCAUGCGAUGUAACCACUGUAUUAAUUGGAAAUAAAGCAGAUUUAGAAGCAAAUAGACAAGUAUCAACUUCUGAAGCAAAAGAGUUUGCUGAGAAAAAUGGUCUCAUGUUUUUUGAAACUAGUGCAAAAACUGCUCUUAAUGUAGAUGAAGCAUUCGAAAAAUCAACAGAACAAAUUUUAAAGAAAUUAGAAAGUAACCCAGGUUUAUUAUCAAACGAAGGAAAUAAUUAA